GGGAGUGAGUGUGAGGUCGGAAAACGAGCGAGCAGAGGGAGAGAACGACGGAAUAACGAAUCACGCGAGGUUCUUAAAACAUCGUUCUUUAUUAAGCAGCUCCAGGCCAUUAUUAUUACCGUGUACUGCAACACUCCGGAGGAUCUGAACCGACAUGUCAGAAAUUGUGCCCCCGGAGGUGAGACCCAAACCUGCUGUCCCUGCUAAGCCGUCUCAUGUGGUACCGCCCACCAGCACCACCCCUGCACCUCUGCAGGGCUCAGGUGCUGGAGGUCAGGGUUCAGGAGGAGGCUCAACCUUGCUGGGAUAUGUUGGGAUAGAUACCAUAAUUGAACAAAUGAGGAAGAAGACCAUGAAGACUGGCUUUGAUUUCAACAUCAUGGUUGUAGGUCAAAGUGGUUUGGGGAAAUCCACCAUGGUGAAUACUCUGUUUAAGUCUCAGGUAAGCAGGCGGAGCUCUGGCUGGAGUCGCGAUGAGAAGAUCCCUAAAACCGUGGAGAUUAAAUCUGUGUCACACGUGAUAGAGGAAGGUGGUGUGAAGAUGAAAUUGACUGUUAUUGAUACUCCCGGAUUUGGGGACCAGAUCAACAACGAAAACUGCUGGGAGCCAAUAUCUAAAUAUAUCAAUGAGCAAUAUGAGAAGUUUCUAAAAGAAGAAGUUAACAUUGCUCGUAAAAAACGGAUUCCAGACACCCGGGUGCACUGCUGCUUGUACUUCAUAUCUCCCACUGGACACUCACUGCGGCAGCUGGACAUUGAGUUCAUGAAGCAUUUAAGUCGAACUGUGAACAUCAUUCCUGUCAUUGCCAAAGCGGAUACUCUCACCCCUGAAGAAAAAAUAGAGUUCAAGCAGCGGGUUAGGAAGGAGCUGGAAAUGUGUGGAAUCGAAUUUUAUCCACAAAAGGAGUUUGAUGAGGACCAGGAGGACAAGUCUGAUAACGAUAAGAUCAGAGAGGCCAUGCCUUUUGCAGUAGUUGGAAGUGACAAAGAGUACCAAGUCAACUGCAAACGGGUUCUGGGUCGGAAGACUGCCUGGGGAAUAGUAGAAGUUGAGAACCCAAAUCACUGUGAAUUCUCUCAACUUCGAGAUUUCCUGAUCAGGUCUCACCUUCAAGACCUAAAGGAGGUCACCCACAAUAUCCACUAUGAGACAUACAGGGCCAAAAGGCUUAACGACAACGGAGGACUCCAUCCCAUCUCAACCAGCAACAGCACACAGGAAAGCAACCUGUAAGAGGGAAACCGUGAGCGAGAGAAUGAUGGAAGAGAGGUUGAUAACGAAUCAUGAUAAUGAAUAAUAUUUUGCGGAUAAAUACGUUAGCACGUACCCUUGUGGAGUUUGUCUUAAAGCUUUUAAACCAUCUGAGCAUGUUCGUUGUUGCCUCUUCUUUUGCGAAACGUCCUUUUUAAAACACCACAACCACACAUCAGCCUACGAUGGAGACUGAAAUGAUAUUAAAGUAACUCCCAGUAAAAAUGUUGCGAUAUGGAUGACAGCACUGCCAUUUAACUGUAGACAAUACAUAGGAGUUUAGAAAAUUUUGUGUGAUCUUUUAAUCUAAUAGGCUUUAUUCUUUAACAAUUCAGGACUCGAAAAAUGUUUUUGCCAGCCUUAAUAAGUAUAUAUUGAUGUGCACUUCAGUGUAUUCCUAUUUAACUAUUCCUAAACACGCUGCAGCAUUUACCAAGUUUUUUUUUAGUUUUUUUAUUACUUACCCUGAUAACCAAUGAUCCUUUUGGACACCAAAUCAGGACUUUUACAUUAACCAGAAUAGCACACCACAAAAUAAGCAGAAAUCUUUGAUUCCUCUUAACUCAAGGUUUUUAAAGGUUUAGCCCAAUACAUUUUUGUAAACAUGUUUCUAGACUGUGUACACAAGCGCGUGUGUGUGUAUGUGUGAGAGAGAGAAUGUGCCUUUAUCAACCAUCUUUCCAGUGUUCAAUCGACUCAUUUUGUUUUAGGUAUCUUACACAUGUUCCAUCGUUUUUAUCAGAAUGCAUGCAUAUUGCUGGAACAAUGGUACUGCUUUAUGUCUAAGUUCACCUUGGUGUUAGCCUCUAGUCCAAGCACAGGUCAAUUAAUGAUCCCUUAAGGCAAUAGAAAUUUUAUCACACCUCAGAUCAUCUGACAUUCUGCCAAUCUUUGAAUGAAUGCACUUUUUUUUUGUAUUUAAUCUAAACAGUCAUUCUUGAGAACUGGGACAAAAGGUAUGUAUUUAAAUUAUAUUUAUUUUUUGGCUUUUGUCUAAUAACCCAGUGUUUUUUUAACUGUCAUAUAAUUAUUUUAAAAUUGUAAUUGUAUUAGGACAAAA